AUGAAGGCUACAGGCCGUUCUCACAACGUAACGGUUCACCUCGCAUAUGCAAAUACCUUGGGAAUCGGCGGAGGCAUCUGGAGGCAGCGAAUUGUGUUGCGUCACCUUGACAUUGAGAUCCAUCUUCCGCCUAAUUGUCGGUUAUUUGUAUAACCACAAACAUGUCAUUAUGUAAUGUCUGAAUAAUAGCUCCAUUUGUUAUGAUUGUUCUUGCUUAAAGCUAUCUUCUGUAAUUGAUUGAGAACAGUGUUGUUAUGAAGUGUAGGUACCGUAUCUUCUGAUUGGAGAUACGGUAGUGUUUGGAGACUGCGCAAUGUUUAUAAGGUGCAGUAAAAACAAAAAACAUUAUUUGAAAAUGAAAAAUGUUGAUAAGUAUUAAAAUUUUUAAGGCUUGUGUUGUUCUUGAGGUGCUCAUAUCAUUUUAGUUGAUAAACUUAAUAUAAUAAUGACAUUUUUUGCAUAAUGGAUACAGUUACAUGUCGCAUUUAUGGAAGUUAAAUGUUUCUUUUCCAAUCAUAAGGGCUAAAAUAAGGUCGUCCGGCGGCUUUGCAAUUUGGAAUUACUGGGCCAAGUUCUUAGUUUGGUUGGAAUUUUUAUUUUUUGUUUCGAUUUGUUCAUUGGUCAUUAUUUUGUUGUUAUUGUUGGUAAAAUAACAUGGGUAAACUUGACGUUUUGCCUAAAUUACAAUUAUAUGAAACCUUAAAAUUUAAAUUAAAUUUUGAAAAAAGCAGAUAAAGUAUCUUCUUUGUAAGCUAAAAGUUAAACUGUGAGUUGUUUUCUGAUUUUACAGUCUUUGCUACUUAUAUGGCGAAAAAAUAUUGAGGUAAUUGCUCUGCAAAAACAACACUUUUUCAGAAAACAAUCAAAGGUUUGGUAACACGGGUGACUUUGUAGAGUUCACUUUUUUCGUAUAAGAGGUAACAUUUACUUUAUGUUUUGUGUAAUAACAAAACAAAUUUAUAAUAAAAUACGGUAUUGAGAAAAUUGUGGCGUUACAAACUGUAGCUGCAAUUGUAGGUGAUAAACUUGCAGUUGUGGCGACAAACGUUGAGUUAAAUGGAGAAGAGCUGAAUAACUAGGUCACCUCAAAAUUGCUGCUCUCUAAUGCCGUCGGUCGCGCUGCGUUUUUUCAAAACACAUAGCUUCAGGCGGUAAGAAGGGAUCGAAGAAGGAAAUGCCUUCCUUCAAUCCCUUUGGAGCACUUCAGGACUUUCUGGCCAGGCUUUUCUAUAGGUAAGAGACCUGUAAAUUUUAUUUUAGCGUUACUUUUUAGGUUUUUUAAGUUGUAGUAGUAAUAUAGUUGCUUUUAUUUAAAAAGCGCUAGUUUUUUAAAAAUUUUUAGAUUUUUUAAAACUUGAAUAAUACUUAUUUUUUUAAAAAACAGAAUUUUUUUGUGAACAAGUUUAGGUUUAAAAAAAAAUUUUUUAAAUUAUUAUUGUAGGUAUGGCCUGUAUAUUUCGCGGAAUCCAAAUCCGUUCAUCAUCGGACCACUUGUACUGACAUUUGUACUACUUCUAGGUGUUUUCAACGUCAAAUUUUCAGUGAGUUUUUGAAUUUUAACUUUGAAAUUUAGGGGAAAAACGAAAAAAAUGUUUACGAUGGUUUGGCUUUCUGAUUUGUUUGUGUAAAAAUUAGAAAGGAGCUCAAAACAAAAGUCUAAUUUGAAAAUACAAGUUGAUUCUACAAAUUUUUAGACCGUUACGGGAUACGAAGUCAGAAUUUGCAUUUUCUUCGUAAGACAAUACUCCAAAAUGAUUUUUUCAACUGAUUUCAAACAUUUUUCAAUUAUUUCUUCAAAAUAAAAUUUUUAUAAUUUUCAGGAUGAUCUCCGUUUUCUGUACUCUCCAGAAAACUCGUUAUCCAGGUUCGAGUACCAGAUUCACAAAGAAUUCAGUGGAGAUUCAAUCAACAGUAGUUACAUUGCAGUAGCCAUUGAAUCAGCUCAAAAUGACACGAAUAUGUUGAGGAAGGAGCUGGCUGAUGCCAUCAUUGAGUUUGACAAGUUUGUGCAUCAUAACAUGACCAUUCAGCUGCCGACUGGCACUAAGAACUUUGGUUCUGAAAUAUGUUCUCGGCUGACAUUGUGUCCUAUCAGUAAUACUGUAGUUACCAUCUUCUUCGAGACUUAUUUCAGUGAAAAGGUAAGGUAUUACGUGUUUGUAUUGGUUGUGUGUAAAAUAACUUUUAAUUAGUUAGAGUUUAUUUUGAAAAUUUAGCUAAAAAAUGACAGUCGAAUAGCGAUGGACUGGCCUAUUUUGAAGUUUUUCGAAAACAAGUUCUUCCUCCCGACCAACUUUUAUGGUGUAGAUCUUCAUAAUGACAAAGACGGAUGGGACAAACUAAAGACUAUACAGACGAUACAUCUUGUCUACUACAUUGCUGGCACUGAGGAGGUAGGAGAGUUUGGAAGAUGAGAUUUAUACCUUUAGUGAUGUCAAAAGUGUUUUUAAGUAUUAGAUCCUUCAAAUAAUCUAUGCCUCCUAACCUUGAACAUAUUCGUUGAGAGGAGCGCAGAAUAAUUUGAACAACCUAAUACAUAUUGCAGUAAAUUUAUUGUAUUCAUUUACAGUUCACAGCUGAAGAAGUUGGACUAGCUGUUGAGGGUUCAUUGAGAGAAGCUUUGGCUGAAAGGAAGGCUACAAUAAGGUCGGCGAUGUUCAGUUUACAAAUUCUGAAGGACGAGAUGCAGAAAAAUACGACCUACACAUUACCGUUUAUUUCCCUUACUGUAUUCUUGCUUAUCUCGUUUACUGUCGGGUCAUGGUAUGAUAUAUUUUUUGUUGUGACAACUGUUUGUAUAUUUAUAUUUGCCUUCUUUUGUAUUUUAGUUUAAAAUUUAUUAUCAAUUAGGUAAAACAUUAGACUUUUUACUUUUAACUAGUACUAUGACACAUAAUUUUACAGUAUGACUGGAGACUGGAUAACUUCAAAGCCAAUAGAAGCCUUAAUGGGUAUCAUGACCAGCUCGCUAGCUAUCGGGAGUGCAGCUGGGCUUCUAUUUUUUAUUGGAGUACCGUACAUCUCCCAAGUUACCGUAAUGCCAUUCUUAGCAUUUGCUAUUGGUGUUGAUGAUACCUAUGUGAUGCUGGGAGCAUGGCAAGAUACGAAACGUAAUCUACCUCCAGAGAAACGUAUGGCGUUGAGCUUGGAGGAGGCUGGCAGUGCUAUCUCUGUGACUUCACUCACCUCGAUACUGUCAUUUGGUAUUGGCACUUUUAGUACUACGCCAGCCAUUUCUAUCUUCUGUAAAUUCAUCGCUGUCGCUGUGUUCUUUGACUUCUUCUAUCAGGUAUGGGGUUUGCUAAUCUUUUUGAUUUUCUUCGAGGAAAUUGCGUUUUAAAUAAUAUAAAGUUAUGAUAUUACUUUAUGUUUAGGUAACAUUCUUUGCUGCCGUGAUGGCUCUUGGUGGACGAAGAGAAGCUGCUGGAUAUCACUGUAUCUUUGUUUGGCAAAAGAUGGGCAAAGAACAAAUUGCUAGGGUAAGCAAUAACAUUGACAAUAUAUUUUAGAGAUGUUAUAUGUAAUUAUUGACUAUAUUUUUAAUGAUAUACAUCUUUAUGUCGUAUAGUUUUUCAAAAAACAUAACAAUAGUAAAAUACGAAACAUAUGUUCAUAAAAUACCAUCUUUAAAGUAUUUUAUGACAUUUUUAGGCCAAAGCAACCAAUUUCACCUCUCCAACCCACUCCUUCUUCUCCGAUUACCUAGCUCCAUUCCUCUGUAAAAGCUACACCCGCUUUUUUUUCUGUAUUUUGUACGGUGUCUACUUGUUCUUCGCUUUCUAUGGCUGCUCUCUUCUCAAACCAAACCUCACUCCAUCUCAUUUACUGGUCGAUGAUUCACCUCUUACCUAUUAUCUUCAACUUGCUGAAUCCAGAAUCUGGUCGGAAGGCGUGGUUGGCAGAGUUUAUGUUAACAAUGCUCCAGACUUCAGCACGAACCCAGAAGAGCUGGAGGUUCUGAUGAAGAUGGUGGAGGAGUUGGAGUCUACACAGUUCAGUAUGGGCUACAACUCUACGCAGUUGUGGGUGAGGGAGUUCAACAACUACAGACAGUACUUUGCUGAUGACAAUGCCAACUUCUACGAGACUCUGAAUGCCUUCUUGGGGAUCUCCUUCAACAAACAGUGGAAGGCCUUCUUGAGGUGGGACGACAACCCCAAUCGACCGGGAAAGAAGUACGUCAACAAGUUCUUCUUCACCACCGCCUUCAAGAUACCUGAUUGGAAUGUGAGAACGGCGUUGUUGCUACAGUGGAGGAACAUUACUGCCAGGUAUUCACAGUAUCAAGCUCUGGUUUUUGAUGAAAACAACUUCUUCAGCGAUCAAGUGAGUUUUAGUCGUGGCAUACAGAGGGUACUGUAAUAUAACAGUAAUACUGUAAUAUAAUAUUGAGUUAAUUUUUAUAGAUGAUAGAACUCAAGUCAACUACCUUGAACUCUCUCGGCACAGCUAUUUUGGCUAUGAUAAUCGUAUGUAUCUUGUUCAUUGCGGAGACGAGUAUCGUCUACUGGGUGACGUUUAUCUUGGUAUCAAUGGAUAUUGGAGUAGCUGGAUACCUAUCUUUAUGGGGAGCUGACUUAGACCCGACUACAGUAGUCAACAUAUUGGUAUGUUAACACGAACUAUUCAGUGUUGCGUUUGUUAUAUACGCUUCUUGAAUCUAAAUUAAUAUUUUUCUAUGUUACAAUACUAUUCUUUUACCUAUAGUACCAUUUCAGAUGAGUAUUGGUCUGUGUAUCGACUUUGCCACCCACGUCGGUUACCGUAUCUACCGUAGUCCCUACACUGACCCAGAUGAGCGUAUCAAAGAUGCCAUCGGAGCUAUAGGCUGGCCUGUGACACAGGCUGGACUAAGUACGUUCUUGGCUAUUAUUGUGAUGAUGCUCGUACCAUCCAACGUGGUUCGUAUGUUUGCUCGUACGAACGUGCUGGUGGUAUGUACGGGCUUAUUCCAUGGUAUCUUCUUGUUACCGAUCAUUGUACGAUCGUUCUGUACGAUCAAAAGCAAUGUAAAAGACAUUGACAAACACAAUGACACUGUCAAACAGCAUUGA